AUAUAGAGAGAGGUGUCAGAGCUGGGCUUUGCCAUACAGUCUCUCACAUUAUAUCCGGGUGUAGUUAAUGCCUCGAACCAACUUUCUCAACUGUAAGAGCUAUGCAUUGCAUGCCAUUGCUUCCUUGCUAUUAUAUAUCCUCAUCAACCUUGCUUUAUGUUCCUCACAGGCUCACACACUCACCUUUCCUUCUUCAGGGUUUCACUCUCACCUUUCUAGCCAUUAGGUCCUUAUUCUCAUUCUUCCUCCUCUAUAUUUUAGUUUUUAUUGCUAAAUUGGGGUCGAUAUUAUGAUCGCGGGAACGGCGAGGAGAAUGUGGUUGGUUUCCGUGGUGGUUUUGGCCGUGAGCCUGUGGUGGAGUGGCGCUAGGGCUGAACCGCAAGUGCCUUGCUACUUCAUUUUUGGGGACUCUUUGGUUGACAAUGGUAAUAACAACCAGCUUCAGUCCUUGGCCAGAGCUGACUACUUGCCUUAUGGGGUCGACUUUGGUGGACCAACCGGAAGAUUUUCCAACGGAAAAACCACCGUUGAUGUUGUUGCUGAGCUUCUGGGUUUUGAUGAUUUCAUCCCUCCCUAUGCAACUGCUAGAGGCCAAGACGUACUGAAAGGAGUUAACUUUGCAUCUGCAGCUGCUGGAAUUAGAGAAGAAACUGGACGCCAAUUGGGUGAUCGGAUUACAUUUAGUGGUCAGGUAAAGAAUUACCAAAACACAGUGUCUCAAGUGGUAAACUUACUAGGUGAUGAGGACCAAGCUGCAAAUUAUCUGAGCAAAUGCAUAUACUCAGUUGGAUUAGGCAGCAACGAUUACCUUAACAACUAUUUUAUGCCCCAGUUUUACUCCACCGGCAACCAAUUUACCCCGGAGGAAUAUGCUGAUUCGCUCAUUCACGAUUACGGUCAACAGCUGACGAUUUUGUACAAUUAUGGAGCAAGGAAGGUUGUGUUGUUUGGAAUUGGUCAAAUAGGUUGCAGUCCAAAUGAAUUGGCACAAAAUAGCCCAGAUGGUUCCUCAUGCGUGCAAAAAAUAAACUCUGCAAACCAAAUUUUCAAUAGCAAGCUCAAGGCACUUGCCAAUGAAUUCAACACUAAUCUAGCAGAUGCAAGAUUUAUCUUCGUAGACUCUUAUGGCAUUUUCCAGGACAUAAUAAGCAACCCUGCACAAUAUGGAUUUAGAGUUACAAACGCAGGGUGCUGUGGGGUAGGGAGGAACAAUGGCCAAAUUACAUGUCUUCCUUUCCAAACUCCAUGCCAAAAUAGGGAUGAGUAUCUAUUUUGGGAUGCAUUUCAUCCAACUGAGGCUGGCAAUGCUGUUAUAGCAAGGAGAGCAUACAGCGCCGUUCAGGCCUCGGACGCUUACCCUGUCGAUAUACGCCGGCUUGCCCUUCUUUAAUCAUCAUCGUCGUCGUCAUCAUCCACAUAAUCAUUGAUUUAUGGCUGCAGUGGCAUAUAAUCAUGCUUGCAUGAUUGCAUCAUAUCAUAAAAAAAGUAGCAGCUAUAUAAUACGUCGUGCUUUCUUGUACGUCAUGGUUUUCUAUGUUGCAGUUAAUCAUCUUUGGUUUUUAGAAUUUUGAAAUGUUCAUCGAACUUUGAUCUUCUUCUUGUGGACUACUGAAAGGAUUAAAUUAAUACGAAAUUGAGUUUGUUUGGUUUACUUUAGAGAAAAAAAAGAAGCUCCAUGAGUGGUCUCGCCGACCUCGUUUCAAUUUCAA